CUACGCGCAUGCGGUGUGUGGAAUGUGGAGGCGUCACGCGGAUGUGACUCGCCGCGUGUCCGGGGCGGUGCGAGACAGACGGGAAGAGGGCACGGACGGAGUUAACGCCACGGACGGAGUUAACGCCACGUUCUCCUCUCGAAGUCAGAAAAUCGUUUUCACCAGAACCCCGGGACCCGUUCGCACGUCAACCACCACCCGCCUCUCUUCUCCCCGCCCGCCCGCCCGCCCACCAUGAGGGCUCGUUGUGUGUACGCGGCGCUGGCGAUCGCUCUGCUCGCUGCGCUGUGCGACGUUGCAUUCGGUGACGAUGAUAGUGGUAUGACAGACUCCCAGGCCAAUAAUACGGCAAUCACCCCGGCCAAGACUCCGGCAAUCACCCCGGCCAAGACUCCGGCAAUCACCCCGGCCAAGACUCCGGCAAUCACCCCGGCCAAGACUCCGGCAAUCACCCAGGCCAAGACUCCGGCAAUCGCCCAGGUCAAUAAUACGGCAAACACCCAGGUCAUGGAUGUCACGCCAAUAUCUCCGACUGAAAACGUGCCGACGAAGCCACCGACUGUGGAAGGAAAACCAGAGCCACCGAUGACCACUAAGGUGCCAACUACAGUCGUGGUUGAGCCAUCUGUUAAGACAAAAGUCACAACCACCACAUCCUCUACAUCGACCACCGUCGUGGAAGAAGGCAACAACAGCAUCCAUGAACAAGAAGAAGAAGAAGAAGCAGAAGAAGCAGAAGAAGCCAAUGUGCAAGACGACGAUUACAAUAACGUGGCAACUGACCAGGGUGACGAUAAUGAUGACGAGGACGAGAAUCCAAAGGAUGCAGACGAUGAUGACGAGGACGCAAACCAACAAGAUGCCGACGAAUCAUUGCAGAAAGUGAAACCGCGAAUCGACAUAUUGGCUGACGAUGAAGAGGAGGACAGCCACUUCAUCACGUACCUGGUGGUAGCUGCAGCCCUGGUUGCCGUGCUGUACAUCGGCUACCACAACAAACGCAAGAUCAUGUCAAAUUGCAUUGGGAGAAAACCCUCCACUGGGCAGCGGACCAAAUAUCAGCGUCUGGAUCAGAACGUGAGUGAAGCCAUGCCAUCGCUCAAACGGAGUCGGGACUUCAACAUCUAACCAUAUGAUCGGAGGCUUUGAGUGCUGUGCAACCUUUGCACACAACAGCCAAUGGAAACAAUUCAAGCAUCAAUCCAAUCAUCCAGGUGUACGAGGAAAGGACAUCAAUAAUGCUACAGCGUGUGCACACAUUAAAAAAAUAUAUACAUAUUUAGUUAACUUCAAUAGUUUGGGUUCUUUGGGAUAUGAAGACAAUCCCCUUAAAUAAUGUUUUUCUUGCAACUUUGGCAUUGUAUAUAGUGUUAUGUGGUGCAUAAUAGUCCCAGACCUUCACAAAUCAGCUGAUUUCUUUGGAAAAAUUGCAUUGGUUUGAAUAUGCAAAGUGAAGUUUAAUCGGAUAUUAAACUUCGUUAAAUAAUGCCGAUUCCUAUGAUCUGAAUGCUUUUGUUUAUCAGAUUUUGUUAAUUGGUGAAUGUUAUUGAGUACUGGUAAUAAAAUAUGGUGGAUUCA